AUGUUUUCAUGUCCUGACGAUGUCCGUCACAUGACGGACGCAAGCUCAGCAAGUAUUCAUCGGAGUCGCAGGGCAGUAUGCCGAGGACCUAUUCGCACGAAUCUACAACCACAGCUCCAAUGCAACCCCCUCACAGCCUCCGGUGGAAUAAACUUACGAAUACCUUCGAUUCGCCUCUUCAAACGGAAUGAAGGGUACUCCAACAUCAGACACCGUCAGAGCUUGAACAUAUCCUUUAACGAAAUCUAUGAAGCCAAGAAUGUUGCCGCCUCCUUAGUGGCUACCUUCCAACGCCAGGCUGCGCUUUGGUUGGCUACGGACGGUACCAUCCUUUUGCCUGAUGGCCCGAUAGAACCGCCAUGUGGACUGCCCGAACUUGAGCUGGCCGACGAUGAUCCAGCCUGGUUGCUGCCUGUUUUGAUAAAAAAUCUGCCAAAGACUCUCAAGAUUCAAAUUAUAAGAGCUGCUUCUGAGGUGCCUUGA